AUGAAACUCCCAAAGGGGGUUAUCAACCCAUUUGUUGUCGACUACUUGAGACAGUCAACUCCAAAUGAUUUGGCUAGACUACUUCGAUUUGGUGAAGACCGUGGACUUUCGGACAUGAUCGGUAGCAUAGAUUAUAUGCAUGGGGAAUGGAAAAAUUGUCCAUGGAAAGGACAAUCACAAGGAAGAGAUCGCGUUCCUACUUUAGUUCUUGAAGCUUUUGUUGAUUGGGAUGUUUUAGAAAGUCGAGCACCACCCGUGCAGUUUACGGUGAAUGAUAACCAAUAUGUUAAGGGUUACUAUCUAACUGAUGGCAUAUAUCCGAAUUGGGCAACAUUCAUUCAAUCGCUUACAUGUCCUCAAACUCACAAGGAUAAGUUAUUUUCUCAACACCAAGAAGGAGCUCAAAAAGUUGUUAAGAGCGCAUUUGGGGUGCUGCAAUCUCGGUUUGCUAUAGUUCGUAGACCAUCCCUCGCAUGGGAUUAG